GCUCCUCGGCGCGGCCGCCGGGGCCGGGGGAGCAUGAGCCCCGCGACCCGCCGGGGGACGGCCCGGGCCCGACCCGGGAUCUAGACGGCCGUGGGGGAGGGGAGCCGCCCUGCAGCGGCGCCGCUCCGGAACCGCUGGGCCCUCGACGCCGCUUCUCCGGCCCCCGGGACCGCGCUGAUUUGUUUCACCCUCGCGUUGUGCAGAAGUGAAGUGAAGUAAAAUGUCCACUAGGACCCCGCUGCCGACGGUGAAUGAACGGGACACUGAGAACCACACGUCACAUGGAGACGGGCGGCAAGAAGUUACCUCUCGCACUGGGCGCUCUGGAGCACGAUGUAGAAACUCUGUCGCUUCCUGUGCAGAUGAACAACCUCACAUUGGAAACUACAGACUGUUGAAAACAAUCGGCAAGGGGAAUUUUGCAAAAGUGAAAUUGGCAAGACACAUCCUUACAGGCAGAGAGGUCGCAAUAAAAAUAAUUGACAAAACUCAGUUGAAUCCAACAAGUCUACAAAAGCUCUUCAGAGAAGUAAGAAUAAUGAAGAUUUUAAAUCAUCCAAACAUAGUGAAGUUAUUCGAAGUCAUUGAAACUGACAAAACACUCUACCUAAUCAUGGAGUAUGCCAGUGGAGGUGAAGUGUUUGACUAUUUGGUUGCACAUGGAAGAAUGAAGGAAAAAGAAGCAAGAGCUAAAUUUAGACAGAUAGUGUCUGCAGUCCAGUACUGCCACCAAAAGCGGAUCGUCCACAGAGACCUCAAGGCUGAAAAUCUAUUGUUAGAUGCUGAUAUGAACAUUAAAAUAGCUGACUUUGGUUUUAGCAAUGAAUUUACUGUUGGCAGUAAACUGGAUACGUUUUGUGGCAGUCCUCCGUAUGCAGCCCCAGAGCUCUUCCAGGGCAAGAAAUACGACGGGCCGGAAGUGGACGUGUGGAGCCUCGGCGUCAUUCUUUACACUCUAGUCAGCGGGUCACUCCCCUUUGAUGGACAGAACCUAAAGGAACUGAGAGAGAGAGUAUUAAGAGGGAAAUACAGAAUCCCUUUCUACAUGUCCACAGACUGUGAAAACCUUCUCAAACGUUUCCUGGUGCUAAAUCCAAUAAAACGAGGCACUCUAGAGCAAAUCAUGAAGGACAGGUGGAUCAAUGCAGGGCAUGAGGAAGAUGAACUAAAACCAUUUGUUGAACCAGAACUGGACAUCUCAGACCAGAAAAGAAUAGAUAUUAUGGUGGGAAUGGGAUAUUCACAAGACGAAAUUCAAGAAUCUCUUAGUAAGAUGAAAUAUGAUGAAAUCACAGCUACAUACUUGUUGUUGGGGAGAAAAUCUUCAGAGCUGGAUGCUAGUGAUUCCAGUUCUAGCAGCAAUCUUUCACUUGCUAAGGUUAGGCCAAGCAGUGACCUCAACAACAGUACUGGCCAGUCUCCUCACCACAAAGUCCAGAGAAGUGUUUCUUCAAGCCAGAAGCAGAGGCGGUACAGUGACCACGCUGGACCAGCUAUUCCUUCAGUUGUGGCGUAUCCAAAAAGGAGUCAGACCAGCACUGCAGACGGCGACCUCAGAGAAGAUGGAGUUCCCUCCCGGAAACCAGGCGGCAGUGCUGCUGGAGGAAAAGGAGUUGCUCCAGCCAGUCCCAUGCUUGGGAGUGCAAGUAAUCCCAACAAGGCAGAUAUUCCUGAACGCAAGAAGAGCUCCACCGUCCCUGGUAGUAAUACAGCAUCUGGUGGAAUGACGCGGCGGAAUACUUAUGUUUGCAGUGAAAGAACUACAGCUGAUAGACAUUCAGUAAUUCAUAAUGGCAAAGAAAACAGCCUGAUGGAAAUGUUCGCUUACGCAGCUAGCCCUGCCUCUGUUUGUAAGACAUCUUCCACCUGUCGGCUGCGACAUCACAAGUCGAUGUCCAUGUCAGGCUCUGGGCGCCCCAAGAUGAUGUUACCUCCAAUAGACAGUGAAGGAGAUAACUUCAAGGCUAUCACUAUUCCUGACCAGAGAGCUCCAGUUGCUUCAACACACAGUAUUAGCAGCGCCACCACCCCAGAUCGAACCCGCUUCCCAAGAGGCACUGCCAGUCGUAGCACUUUCCACGGCCAGCCCCGGGAGCGGCGCACUGCCACGUAUAACGGCCCGCCUGCUUCACCCAGCCUGUCCCAUGAAGCCACACCAUUGUCGCAGACUCGAAGCCGAGGCUCCACUAAUCUUUUUAGUAAAUUAACUUCCAAACUCACGAGGAGAAACAUGUCAUUCAGGUUUAUCAAAAGGCUUCCAACUGAAUAUGAGAGGAACGGGAGAUAUGAGGGCUCAAGUCGCAACGUAUCUGCUGAGCAAAAGGAGGAAAACAAAGAAGCAAAACCUCGUUCCCUGCGCUUUACCUGGAGCAUGAAAACCACUAGUUCCAUGGAUCCCAAUGACAUGAUGCGGGAAAUCCGCAAAGUGCUGGACGCCAAUAACUGUGACUACGAGCAGAGAGAGCGCUUCUUACUCUUCUGUGUCCACGGCGACGGGCACGCGGAGAGCCUCGUGCAGUGGGAGAUGGAAGUGUGCAAGCUGCCAAGACUGUCUCUGAACGGGGUCCGGUUUAAGCGGAUAUCAGGGACGUCCAUAGCUUUCAAAAAUAUCGCUUCCAAAAUUGCCAAUGAGCUAAAGCUGUAACCCAGUAAUUAUGGUGUAAAUUAAGUAGCAAUUUAAAGUGUUUUCCUGAACACUGAUGGAAAUGUAUAGAAUAAUAUUUAGGCAAUAACGUCUGCAUCUUCUAAAUCAUGAUAUUAAAAUAUAAGGACGAGAGCACGCCUGGGAGCGAAAGCUGGCCUUUUUUCUACGAAUGCACUACAUUAAAGACGUGUGACACGUG